GUGCACCUGACGUCGUUUCGCCCUAAGCCGCAACUUGGCAGUCGAAGCGUCUAGCCCAUCGAACUUGAAUUGUCAAUGUCUCAUCCCCUUUGACCCCGUCACUUGGACUCCAUGAUUCAGAUAUAUAGCUCUUGAUGACCAUAUGCCUGGUUCUGCUUGCAUCUCAAGGUUAACGUCCCAUAUUUCCCGCCAACUUUAGCUGCACCGUCUACUAGCAAUGUCCAUGCCAAGCUUGUCGCGUUUUCUUUGAUCUAUGAAUCGGGCUGCAUGAACGCUCCUAUAUCUUAUCGCCUUGCCCCCGCCUUAAUAUUACCCUCGCUUUCGUGCUACUUGCUGGUCAGAGAACGAUAUCUUCUUGUCCAAUAAAGGCCUCUUGUAUUUGCAUGACCUGAAAUUGAACAUCAUUCAUUGCUCCUGCCACGAACAAUGGGUGGUGCGCUCUCGACUGAGGCCCAGAGGGCUUCCUCAGUGGAGGAGCUGAGCCAACGCCUGGCACACCGAUUCGCAACCAAAUGCUUCACCCCUCUUGAACUUACCCAUUUGAAAGACAACUUCUUCUCUAGAGCUCUAGAGCAGCGCGGUAUUCGCUAUUGGAAUGAAGAAAUAUUAUCAGAUUUCUUGGGUAUCCCCGAUGGUGCGGGUUCCGCAGCCACUGCAACGAGUGAUGGAUCACUCGAUGCGGGGCCUGUCAUCUUCCGCAUGGUUUCAUACCUGGGUGCAUUUCCCUUCCAAAACACCAUGGCACCCACCGUAUUGACAUUCGAGGCAAUGAUAAAAGUGGUUGUACUCUUAACUGAGAGAUAUGGGAAAGUCUUGAAACGAGGGAAGAAAGAUCGGAUUAAAUUGCUUUUCGGCAGCCUCGCGGAUGUUGGGCGAAGGGAUAUUAUCACGCAGUUGAAAGAAGCUGCGGAAGACUCAUUAGAAUCGAUUGGCGUCGCCGAUCCCAACGGUGGAAGCACCUUCGCUCAUAACGGGGGUUUCUUAAUUGAUCAGCCCAUUAACGAUGGGGAGGACGAGGACGAUGACGAUGACCUAGCCCUUGCAGCCUUGGAAUCCCUCGAUGCGAUUGAAGUAUUCAAGCAAGAUCAACGCAUUGAUAAAACUGUCUUCGAGUCCAAAAUAUCUCUAACUACCUUUCGACGACUACUAACGUUGCUUAUUGUCACAGCGCCGCUGCGACCGCUGGGAACAGUGUCCAAAUACACAACAGGGUUGAGCAAGUCUUCGCUAGAUACUGUGCAUGAGCAGGUGGACAGCAUUCUAGCGGCAUUGGGCUCCGAAGUAGCAGAGGAUGGAAUCGGAUAUAAAUCGUUCUCCGAGUUGAUAUCGACGUCUCUCCCGUACCUUUUUGACCCACUAACACCUCUAUUUGAGCAUCUACUUUUCAGCAAGAACCUCAACCUGUCACGGAAAUCUGAAACUUCCAAUGGUCAGGCAGAUAAGCCAGCCCCAACACCUCCUUCAACGCCUCCCCGUUCUCCUCCUUUAUCGCCAGUCAUUUUAACUGGCGGCUUUGAUUCCUGCAUUCUAAAUCCCGUCAUACUGUCCCACCUAUCGUUCUUCAUUUCCACCAGCCCUCAUAUACCAAAUAUCUUCCGCAAUCGUACUCACCUGCACCCAGUCUUCUCAUCGACUGAACACGGUGAAUCUUUAACCUCUUUCUCCCACCAUGUCAUGACAUGGCAAGCCCCGACCAUCCUCCUAAUUAGAGGAGCAGUGACAUCGGAAAACAACGAAGAACAAAUAACCACGAUCGGUGCAUAUAUCCCACAACCCUGGAAACAAUCUUCAUCAUAUUCUUCCCGCCGGUCAUCCGAAAGCGUCCAUCCUUCCACACUCCCCUGCCUCUUCGAAAUCUUCCCAGUUCACACAGUCCUCCAAGGCUCCCCAUCCUUCUCAUCACUAAAAUCCAACAUGCCGGUAAGCCACUUCUCCACCAAAACCGGCAUAGCAAUCGGCUGCAUAAUCCCACCAUCAUCCCGAAAAUCCCUUGGAAGCGAUCUCCAUCCCAAGCCUGCCGGUGGCGGCAGCCUCCUCAUUGACUCCGCCCUUGAAAACGCCACCUUCGUAGUGUCCGACGGCCUCAACGGCGAAGGCGUGUUUCUACCCCCCGGCGUCUCCCCCAGCGGCACCACCACCACUGGUACUACCUCUACCAAAACCCCAUCUUCCACAUCCCCAACCGCGUCAGCAGCAUCCGUAUCCACCUCCAAUCACAACACCACAAAGUCCAUAUCCAUCUAUAACCUUGAAGUAUGGGGCAUUAUCCCGUCUCAAUCGCUAGCCACCCAAUCCGAUGGGACAGGAUCCCCCAUCGAGAAACAGGACGCGAUUGCCUUGCAGCGUGCACAAUGGAAUUUCGAAGCGCGCGAGGCGGAGCGCCGGCAGGCGAUUAAUAUGAAAGUGGGCGGUGGGGAGUCGGAGGCACAGACUGGGAGAGCGCUUCUGGAGAUGGCUGGGAUUAUUGGCGACUCACAGUAUUCGGCACAUCCUCAUCAUUGAAUAAUUGAGUCAGGAAGGUGUUUGGGGCGGGAUGGAUGUGUCUGGUUGGCUUAGGGCCAUAAUGAUAUUAGCAAAUUGUAUUCUUUAUUACGGUUGACAACCCAAUUUUUAUGUUGUAUAUGAGAUGAUUGUAUAUGCGAGUCAACCUCUCUAUUUUCUUUCUACUCCGGAUGGCCGUAUUCCCUCCUCACUCUGCAUGACGGAUGAAAAUUCUUUCCUUUCCCCCCUUUCCUUUCCUUCCUUCUCUUUUAAUCUCGUUACUCUUUUCUUCCUGC